AUGGUGCCCCGGACUCGGCCAGACCCCCCUGGAUUCGGGCCUUGCUUUCACACACUCUAUCACUCUGAGGUAGAAGACCCGUGGGCAGGUGGAAGAACCGUGGGCAGGUGGAAGACCCGUGGGCAGGUGGAAGACCCGUGGGCAGGUGGAAGAACCGUGGGCAGGUGGAAGACCCGUGGGCAGGUGGAAGACCCGUGGGCAGGUGGAAGACCCGUGGGCAGGUGGGAGACCCAUGAGCAGGUGGAAGACCCGUGGGCAGGUGGGAGACCCAUGAACAGGUGGAAGACCCGUGGGCAGGUGAAAGACCCGUGGGCAGGUGGGAGACUCGUGGGCAGGUGGAAGACCCGUGGGCAGGUGGAAGACCCGUGGGCAGGUGAAAGACCCGUGGGCAGGUGGGAGAACCGUGGGCAGGUGGGAGACCCGUGGGCAGGUGGGAGACCCAUGAGCAGGUGGAAGACCCGUGGGCAGGUGAAAGACCCGUGGGCAGGUGGGAGAACCGUGGGCAGGUGGGAGACUCGUGGGCAGGUGGAAGAACCGUGGGCAGGUGGAAGACCCAUGGGCAGGUGGGAGACCCAUGAGCAGGUGGAAGACCCGUGGGCAGGUGGGAGACCCAUGAACAGGUGGAAGACCCGUGGGCAGGUGAAAGACCCGUGGGCAGGUGGGAGAACCGUGGGCAGGUGGGAGACCCGUGGGCAGGUGGGAGACCCAUGA